GACAAGUCUCCUAUUCCUCCCUUAUCCUGAGGUACCUUGAGAAAUUAUAGGAUUUGGUGGAUACGUUUGAAAUUGCUUUCCAUGCUAAUAUGUAGGAGAACUUCUAUUAACAGAAAGCCUUGAUAUAGUUUAAAGGCAUUUGUCACUGAGUAGGGUGGGGCACUUAGUCCAGGCUACUUGGGAAAUAGACAGGGGAGUACUUGAGUCCAGGAGUUUUAAGACCAGUCUGGGCAAUGUCUCCAAAUAAAAGGUGUUUGUGGUAUGAAUUUCUUUGGAAUUCACAGAUGAGCUGCUGAAUGAUGAUAUCCCACUAACUGAGCAGUCAGUAGUUGGUCCUUUGGUUGCAUAUGAUGCAAUAAUUGUUUCAAGACGGGACUGAUGGCAGCUACUGAAAUGAAUUCCUGUGGGUGAACAAAUUUCAGUUAAUCUAUACUAAAAUAUAAAAAAACUUUAUUUUAGUACCAAACGAUUCCCUGGUUAUGAUUCUGAAAGCAAGGAGUUCAAUGCAGAAGUACAUCGGAAGCACAUUAUGGGUCAGAAUGUUGCAGAUUACAUGCGCUAUCUAAUGGAAGAAGAUGAAGAUGCUUACAAGAAACAAUUUUCUCAGUAUAUAAAGAACAACGUUACCCCUGACAUGGAGGAAAUGUAUAAGAAAGCUCAUUCUGCUAUACGAGAGAAUCCAGUCUAUGAGAAAAAGCCCAAGAGAGAAGUUAAAAAGAAGAGGUGGAACCGUCCUAAAAUGUCCCUUGCCCAGAAGAAAGAUCGGGUAGCUCAAAAGAAGGCAAGCUUCCUCAGAGCUCAGGAACGGGCUGCUGAGAGCUAAACCAAACAACAGUUUUUCUAUGAAGUUUUUUCAGAUACAGAUAAUAAACUUAUUGAACCAGCAGUUA